AUGAGAAAUAUUGCUCAGAUUUUACCAAUUCUUGCAAUUUUUGGUUGUGCUAAUGCUAGCAAUCUCCUCGAUCCACAGUUCAAGGUAAACUUAUUCUAAUAUAGAUUUUUGAAUUAACAUAAUAUGUAUCAUUUAGGAAUCGGAACCGGAAUUGGAAUCAGAAACUGGUCAAGAAACUCAUGAAAAAAUAUAUUGGAUUCUUGUUGGAAUUUUGGGCAUUGGCUUGAUUGCAGCUAUCAAAUUUAGUCAAUGGGCCAAGCAACCCAAGAGGUAAUAAAGAAUCCUGAAAUUCAAUUUCAAAAAUAUCGAUUUUUCAGAGUCCCACGCCGUUACCCAAUUCAAGGACCAUAUGUAAAUCUCGAAAUGCCUUCUUUGUAA